CGCUGUUCUCCAGCCAGCCUGGGACUCAAACGAGCCUGACAAAAAACCUUUACACUGCAAAGGCAAAUUGGGAGACGACACGGAGGAGAGUCAGCAGGACCCAGAUGACCACUUUCUUUUGAGGCACCCAGCGACAGUACACCACCAUUUUGCAAGCUGCCAAGUCACAACCUGCUUUGAUUACGAGGGUUGAGGUUAUUUGGAACAGGAAAACAUUUUUUGGACAUAAGCACAAUCAGUGGUUUAUACUGUAUAUAUGAGAAUGCACAGAUGACUUUAACACUCUAAAACCAGAUUCAAACAGGAAUCUAUGGACUAAAAUUAGUGGAAAUUCCAUUGUUGGACGUGUAACCACACGUGCAUUUUAUGUCUGGGGUCAUAACUAGCAAAGUGCUUGAACAUGGCUGCCACUGCCAUCAUGGAAGUGGCAGACAUCACUGUUGUAGUAAUCUACUUUAUCCUGGUACUAGCAAUUGGUUUGUUUGCCACGUGGAAAGCUAAUAAGAGCACAGUGAGCGGGUACUUUCUCGCUGGUCGCUCUAUGAACUGGGCGGCUGUAGGAGCAUCUCUAUUCGUCAGCAACAUAGGAAGCGAGCAUUUCAUUGGACUGGCUGGAUCAGGUGCGGCUACUGGGUUAAGCGUGGCUGCAUGGGAAUUAAAUGCUUUAUUAUUACUCCAGUUGUUAGGCUGGAUAUUUAUCCCUGUGUAUAUUCAUUCCGGAGUCUACACCAUGCCGGAGUACCUGUCCAAACGGUUCGGCGGUUACCGGCUGAAAGUGUAUUUUGCAGCAUUAUCUCUCAUCGUGUACAUGUUCACAAAGUUGUCUGUGGAUCUCUAUGCCGGGGCCUUGUUCAUUCAGGAAUCCUUAGGGUGGAACCUCUAUCUGUCAAUCAUCAUCCUCAUCACCAUGACAGCUGUGUUGACAAUCACUGGAGGUCUGGUUGCUGUCAUCUAUACGGAUACAGUCCAGGCAUUGCUCAUGAUCGCCGGAGCACUGUGCCUCACAGGCAUCAGCCUCUUUAAAGUGGGAGGGCUUGAAGGUGUAAGGACCAAGUACAUGCAGGCUACUCCAAACAUCACUGCCAUCAUGCUUUCUUCACCCAACCUGACAUAUUCUGAAUCUUGCUACCACCACCUCCACCCGAAGCCAGAUGCCCUGAAGAUACUUCAUGGCCCAAGGGAUCCAGACCUGCCUUGGCCUGGUUUCUUACUGGGCCAGACUUUUGCCUCUAUGUGCUACUGGUGUGCAGAUCAGGUGAUUGUACAGCGGGUUCUGGCAGCGAAGAACAUAGCCCACUCCAAGGGUGCUACUCUCAUGGCUGGCUUUCUGAAAAUCCUCCCCACGUUCAUCAUUGUCAUCCCAGGGAUGAUUUCCAGGAUCUUCUUUCCUGAUGAAUUGGCCUGUAUCAGCCCAGAGCACUGCAUGGAAGUGUGUGGUUCUGCAGCUGGCUGUAGCAACGUAGCUUACCCACGGCUCGUCAUGUCUGUGAUGCCUGUUGGUCUCCGCGGCCUAAUGAUGGCUGUCAUGAUCGCAGCUCUAAUGAGCGACUUGGACUCCAUCUUCAACUCAGCAAGCACCAUAUUCACAUUGGAUAUUUACAAGAUGAUACGAAAGAAGGCGUCAUCCAGGGAGUUGGUGAUAGUCGGCAGGUUGUUUGUGGUUUUCAUGGUGAUCAUCAGCAUUGCCUGGGUGCCAGUUAUUAUUGAGAUGCAGGGAGGCCAGGUGUUCUAUUACAUCCAAGAAGUAAUUGAUUACCUGACUCCACCUGUAGCUGCUCUCUUCUUGCUUGCUGUCCUGUGGCAUCGCUGCAAUGAGACGGGUGCCUUCUGGGGUGGGUUAGUAGGGUCUUCCCUUGGUAUAUUGCGUCUGAUUUUGGCAUUAGUCUACCGUGAGCCUCACUGCGACCAGCCUGACGAGCGGCCAUCUUUCAUCAAAGAUGUUCAUUUCAUGUAUGUGGCUGCCAUCUUGUUUUGGGUGUCAGCUUUGGUGACUGUAGUUGUGAGUCUUUGCACUCCUCCGCCCAGCAAAGAACAAAUCAGAAGCACUACUCUGUGGGGGUUAAACAAGAGAAAGAAACUAAAACAGCAUGAAAAAGAGAAAACUGGAGACGCUGACAAUGCUUUGAAGCCUCUGAACCAUGCAGGUCUAAAUGCAAACAGUGUGCUCGGUGAGAGAAAGAGCAGUCAAGACCUCCCAAAUGUGCUCAAUGUUGUUGACAGUCAUGAAAAUGAUCAACCAAGCAUUGGUCAUACUGUCACAGCCAGUGACAUAGAACCACGCCUUUCAAACCAGAAUACUUGCACCUCAUUGAUUUCUGAUGUUAAAAUGGUAGAAGAGGGAGAAGGGAGAGGAGUGAGGGAUGAUGAGAAGGAAGGCUACCUUGGAGGAGGAGGAGGACUGGAGAGUGGGAGGUGUAUUAAGACUUUAGAGUGUUUAUGUGGCUUCCAGGAGAAGCCAAUUGAAGCUCAGGUCUUUAAAGUUCAAGAAAAGGAGAGGAUCGUGGAUGAGCUUCUCCAUGAACCUCCACUAACCAGAAUCAUCCUGAACAUAGGACUGGUAGUAAUUUGUUUUAUCGAUAUCUUUCUCCUUAUCUAUUUCUCCACAUAAGCUUGUGUAGUUCCAAGCAGUGGGACACAUUUAUCCUUGUUGGGUAACACCCUACAAGAUCCCUCACCAGAUUGGAUCCCCAAUGAGUAUGUCAUGUGAUGUGAGGGUCCACGUGUGACCUUGUGUGUGCUUUCAAGAAAAUAUUACAGCUACAAGCGGGCAGGUCAGAAAGUGACCAUUCUGAGUUACAGAAACAUUGCGUGCGAUAGUCCACCUUCCACUUUUGCUUCCCUUCCCUCUGUCACUCUCUCCUUCCCUCUCAAACACACAUACACAUCUUUGAGAGUGCCACUCUUUGAGGGCACCUGGGGAACCAACUUUUGAAAAGGGGUUUGUUUGUUUUUUUAAUAGAGUAAAUAAGUGCUUUGUCAUAUGUUAUGAAAUGGAUGUGGUGACUGUUGAGGUUUCAGUAGGCUUCUAACAAACUAGCUUAUACAACAGAAGCGUUUCCACAAUACACUUCAGUUAUGGUACCCAUUGAACUCGUAUGUAGUCCAUACGGACAUAUACCCAAACCUUCAAACUGUUUCACUGUCUGCAUUUCCACUGCUGACAGUACUCUUAAAAGUAGGGGAGUAGUUAGUUCAGAGCAAAAUAAAAAAGGCUGGAGUGUGAAGAGUCUUUCCCAAUCAGUGGGAUAUUUAAAAAGAACAUUUUUGUGCAUUGAGUCCUUGUUGAGCAAGAGUGACAACUCUCUCCUAAACAAUUAACAGACUCCUGUGUUUCUAGUUUCAUCUUUUAGAUAUUGGAUCAGUGUGCAAGGUACCUUAGCAGAAUGGAUGUUGUUGGUGCCCUCAACAAAAUUUUUGACAAUGGAAACACAAAAGUAGCUAUUCUGAUGUGAAACAAAUUGAACUAAACCACUGCUUGGUAGAGACAAGGUGCAAGUGUCAACUCUUAAUGUUCACAGAGCGGUCGUGGAUGGUACAUUAAUUGCAAUAUAUUUGGAAAGAAACCUGGUGACUUUUGUCAAGUAUUGAUUAUUAGUUUGAAAGGUACAAAAAUUGAUGGACGCAACUUGCCGAAUCAGAUGUCGCAUAGUUACUGAACAAAAGACUAUGUACAGUGAGACCAUGUCUCUAUCUGCAGUGAGACCAUCUACACAAGUGUCUUGUGUAGAUGGUCUCACUGUAGACAGUCUUUUGUUCAGUUUCACUGCCCCAUAAGUUCCACUAAAAGAAAUAUAGUAUUUGUCUUUCUAAAGGGGACUAUCAAGAACCCACUCAAUAGGACAGAGGUCCACAAACUCCAGAUUUUAGGAGAUGAGUGCAAAUGUUUGGUGGCAAUACAACACCAAAAAAUGGCCGUUAUGGUGGUGGUCUGUAAAAUCUUCAAUGAAAUGGGAAAACACCCAGGAAACCUUGAGCACCCCACCAUCUGCUGUGGGUAAACAGACACUUUAUCUAUAUUAACAAUCGUUAUUCCAUUGCUUUGACUUGAAAUGGAGCUAAAGGCUAGCUAGCAAGGGACCCACUGAGGUCGAAGUUACCCAGAGGCUUUGGUAAUGGUUUCUUUACAUGGGGAAAGCACAAGAGUUUAUAUAUGUAAGUGCAACUUAAAAUGUUUUAAAUAUUUUUGUACCUCUUAGUGUCACCUGUCAUAUUUUGUUGUGUGGAAUGUAUAUGUACAUACAGUAUAUGCUUUACAACUAUGUAACACCACUGUGUAAAACACAACACUGUGUUAUUGGAAAUGUAUAAAUAAUCCUAUUAUGUUUUGCUUUUUCUUGGCAGUCUUUUAUAUUUACAAGGGUAGUCAUCUUCAAUACAUAAGUACAUGCCAGAUGUUUUGGGAGAUAAGCAUUAAAUGUGAUGUUGUCAUAUGUUUUUUUUUCAUUUUCUACACGUUUCGUAGAACUUAAGGGUGCCUUCCACUCAAUAUAAUAAUUUUACAAGUGUAAUUGUGAGUUAUGGUGUUAUUGUUUUAAUAUGUAAGAAGUGAUGUUUAGCCUGAUUUCUUCUGUGAAGGAGAGGACCUCCUCUCCAAAAACUGAUCCAACGAAUGUAAUCGUGUUAGCGUAAUAACACUGAAGUUUAAACAUUACACACUAUGCCUUGUGGGCUUUCUUUCAGCUGAUGUGCUUGACAGAGAUUAAAAACAAACACACUGUGAGUUUUUGUUGAUUUAUUAUAAUGACAAGUCAUGGGUUGUGCCUUCUCAAAUAGGUUAGUGGAGAUAUUGAAGUUGCAUCAGUUAUAUCAGAAUUGGAGAGUAUGUCUUUUAUUUAAAAAAAAGAAAAAGCAAAGAAACUCAAUUAAGAUGUUUUCGCUUUUCUUCUGACUGACCCGCCGUGAUAGACAAGUGGCUCAUCACAUCCCCUGCCAAGUAACAGUUUCCAAUGAUGGCUUUUCAGAUAGCUUCCUUUAACAAACCCAUCAGGCGCGUCAGGUUAGGGACACCGAGCAGCACAAAGUUUCCAGGUGGAUAUUCCCAGCAAGUUUAUCGUUGGCAUAAUCCCUGUUUUAAACUAUACAAUAAAAACAUACCCAACACUUUUUUUCACCUGUCAUUUGGCUCAGACUGAAAUAUCUCAACAUCUAUAGAUUGGAGCAAAUUUUGGACCAGAUGUUCAUGGUUUCUAGAGGAUAAAUGUUGUUGAUUUAUUUAUGAUCAUCUAUUCCUUUUGCACCACCAUG